AUGACUCAAGACCACCAUCAGAUACCAGCCACCAACACUACUGGGCACCAUAAUUACAUUGCACACUUUAAGGAUGGGUGGCCUGUCAAAGAUUUUUUGCAACAAUUCUUGAGAAAUCAUGCCAACUAUAGGAGAAGGAUAGGAUACAACAAGCUGACUCAGAGCUCAAACAAGAUCACGCUCUCAAAGUUGACCCAGGCACAUAUAUCCACUAGCCAUGCUAAGUUACCAGCUCCCGCAGCUCACUCUGACUCAGAUGAUAGUAGCGAAAUGGACCCCAGGUCAGAUAAAGACUCAGACUCGGAGGAGAUUGGGCCAGGGAGUGAAGGAGGGCUGCCUGCUGAUAUUGCAGAGCUCUUCAAGAAGCAAUUUGAGGAUUAUUUGAAAUCCAAAGGACGUCUCACGCAAACCUCAGCACCUACUGACCCUAACCAGACCGCCAGAGUAUCCAAGAAGAGUACUACACUGAAGUCGCAGACAGCAACAACUUCCAGCAAGAAGAUCACCACCGCUGCCAUCACACAAGUGUGUAGCAAGAGGGCCAAACCACCAACAGUUAUGACACAACAACUGGAAAAGUACCGUGAACAUCACAAUUGUGCUGUCAAUCUCAGUUCAGGAUUUAUGACACUGAAAAAUGUCACUUUCAAAAUUCUAGACACUGAAAUCUAG